AUGACAAUCACACUUUAUCAAGUUACAUUUUUACCGAGGGUUAUAUUAUUUGGCACGCUCUGCAGCCUGAACGGCUUGAUGGAUUUUAGCUUGAGAGGUGUCGUCAGAUACGUAGUUACUGUGAGAGUGACCAUGGAAAUAGGCCUCGCGGCGCCCGGCCGCGCGCACAGCGCUCGGCGUAGCUACAGGGUGAGUGUGUCAAAGCCGGGGAGAGCGCGCCGGGCCCAGAGCAAACAGUGCCCCACCAAU